UGUGGUCCCAAGCAGACGGAAGUGAAGCCAAUGAGAGUGGAGCUCCUCUCAAAGAUUUGUCCCUACAGGGAUGCUUCCAUCUUGAUUAUUAUUCUACUUCCUGUUUCUCUGUGGAUUACCUGAAACCCGACUAAGGAUUUGCAAAGAUACUGAGAGCUAUGGUGGCAUACGAAGACCUGGGCAGCUUGGUGCCUAUCAAGCGGACUCUGCAAGUCCUCCACCAACAGAACCAGGUCCACAAAGAGUCGGAGGAACCCAGAACCAAGCGUGUCCGUCCUCUCGGCAGGGUGUCGUCGUUAGCCAACCUCAUCUCUCCGGCAAAAAAUGGGGCCGUCCGGCGCUUCGGCCAAACAAUCCAGGCCUCCUUCCGGAGCGAUGGCAAGUCGCCGGGCGUUCCCCAGAAGCCUUGCAGCAAGGCGACGGCCCCCACGCCGCCUAAAAGGAGAAACAGCACGCUGUGGUCGGAGACGCUAGACGUGCACCAGAAGGGGACCUUAACCACCAAAGAGAUCAAGCGGCAGGAGGCCAUAUUUGAGCUGUCUCGCGGAGAACAGGACCUCAUUGAGGACCUCCAACUGGCACGCAAGGCGUACCACGACCCCAUGCUGAAGCUCUCCAUCAUGUCUGAAGAGGAGCUCUCUCACAUUUUUGGCGACCUGGACGCCUACAUCCCCCUGCAUGAGGAUUUGCUGGCACAGCUCUCCAAAGCCACGGGCACAAAUGGAACCGUGGGACAGAUCGGUCAGAUUGUAGUCGAUUGGCUACCAAGGCUGGAUGCGUACAAGGAGUACUGCAGCAAACAGCUGGCAGCUAAGGCCCUCCUGGACCAGAAGAAACAGGACUGGCGCGUGCAGGACUUCCUGCAGCGCUGCCUGGAGUCGCCCUUCAGCAGGAAGUUGGAUCUGUGGAGCUUCCUGGACAUCCCGCGCUCCCGCCUGGUCAAGUACCCGCUGCUGCUCAAAGAGAUCCUCCGACACACUCCGCCAGAGCAUCCGGACACCGCCAGCUUAGAACGAGCUAUCUCCAUCAUCCAAACUGUGCUGUCAGACAUCAACAUGAAGAAGGGCGAGUCGGAGUGCUUGUACUACAUGGACAAGCUGGAGUACCUGGACGAGCGGCAGAAAGACCCUCGCCUCCAGCGGUGCAGAAGCCUGCUGUGUCACGGGGAGCUUCGCAACAAGAGUGGGACGAAGCUGCACGUGUUCCUGUUCACCGAGCUGCUGGUUCUGACUCGCUCAGUCACCCGAAACGAGAGGCAGUGUUUCCAGGUGUACCGCCAGCCCAUACCCGUGCAGGACCUGCUGGUGGACGACCUGCAGGACGGUGACGUCAGGAUGGGCGGCUCCUUCAGAGGCGCCUUCAGCAACCCGGACAAAGCCAAAAACAUUUUCCGUGUGCGCUCCCAAGACCCGAGCCAGGUCCAGGUCCAGGCCCAGGUCCAGGCCCAGGCCCAGGCCCAGGCGCACACGCUGCAGGUCAACGACGUCUUCCACAAGCAGCGCUGGCUCAACUGUCUCCGCGCCGCCAUCUCCGUCUACCGGCCCCACGCCGAGACAUCAUCGCCCGUGACGGACGCCCACCUGUCCUCCGCCUCGGCCGUGGAGGUCAUGGAGGUCAUGGAGGAGACGGACGAGAACCGUCCUCAGAGGUUGACUCGGUCGGCGCCUUGCGGCCCCUCGUCUCCGAGUCCUGCACCUUCCUCCUCGUCAUCGCCAACGCCUCACAAAAGCAAAAAGAAGUCUCUUUAUUCUUUAGGGAAGAGAAAAGAGACGAUGGUGUGACGCCAACACAAACUCUGACACUCCUAUUUAUUCUUUACUGUUACACUCCUCUGUGGCAGCCAACAUGACACACUGUAUGCCGACAACACAUUUAUGUCCACAACACCUGUACGCCGACAACACAUUUAUGUCCACAACACCUGUACGCCGACAACACAUUUAUGUCCACAACACCUGUACGCCGACAACACAUUUAUGUCCACAACACCUGUAUGCCGACAACACAUUUAUGUCCAUCACACCUGUACGCUGACAAGACACUUAUGUCCACAACACCUUUACGUCGACAACACAUUUAUGUCCACAACACCUUUACGUCGACAACACAUUUAUGUCCACCACACCUGUACGCUGACAACACAUUUAUGUCCACAACACCUGUACGCCGACAACACAUUUAUGUCCACAACACCUGUACGCCGACAACACAUUUAUGUCCACAACACCUUUACGUCGACAACACAUUUAUGUCCACAACACCUUUACGUCGACAACACAUUUAUGUCCACAACACCUUUACGUCGACAACACCUGUACGCCGACAACACAUUUACGCCGACAACACAUUUACGCCGACAACACCUUUAUGUCCACAACUUGUACAUGUCCACAGCCCGUUUAUGUCGACUACACAUUUAUGUUGACAACUUGUAGAUGUCCACAGCCCAUUUAUGUCGACUACACGUUGAUGUCGACAACACAAAAAUGCAGAUAACACGUUUUUUGGCGACAACGUACAGUAUGUACAGUAUUUAUUCCGAUAACCCAUUUAUGUUGACAACCCGUGAAUGUUGACAACACGUACAAUAUAUGGCAACAACAUGUUUAUGGUGACAACCUGUUUCUGUUGACGACCUGUAUAUGCUGACAACCCGUAUAUGUCGACAACCCGUUUAGGUCAACAACCCGUUUAGGUAAACAACCAGUUUAUGGCGACAACUUGUUAAUGUUGACAACCUGUAUAUGUCGACAACGCGCAUAUACACCAAUCAACUUCUGCUCACUAUACUCAAAACUUCCUGCUUCACUCGACAUCACCACACAUGGUCAACCGCUUCUGCUGACAUGAAAGUGACAGGUCAUGUCCGUCUGAAAUAGUUCCGUUUAUGUUGACAGGCCGUGUCUUCCUCUAGUACCUUGUCAACAUACACGAUAAGUUUAUGUUGACAUACACAGAUGACCGCUCAUGUCGAUCAGUCGGUCCGUUUAUGUUGACAUGUGUAUUGUUGUAACAGCGACUAGUCUCAUUCCAAAGCUCUAAAAUGUACUCAUGGUGAUUUCCUGUUCAGCUUCAAAAUAAAAGCAUGGCAGUUUUAAGGUACAAACCCCGUUUCCAUAUGAGUUGG